AUAAGACAGACUCAUUUGUACUUUUGUACAUGAAGGUUUCACAUCCUAUGCAAAAAUAGAGCAAGGGUAUUAAAAGUUUUUUUUUAUUGACGUAGUUAAACACUAAAAAUGAAGAUUUUAAUGAGAGCUGAUACACACUGUAGUAUCACAGUGGGUGAAAGUGACUAUGGCAAACCAAAGUAUACAUUAUCGCAGGUACUGGCAGCUAUUGGGGUCUCGUUGGGUUCAAUGAUUGUUGGUUUCUCUUCAGCUUACACUUCACCAGCACUUGUCACUAUGAGAAAUUCAACAACAAUUUCAGUGUCCGAAGAAGAAGCAAGUUGGGUCGGUGCGUUACUACCAUUGACUGCAGCGAUCGGGGGCAUUAUCGGUGGACCUCUGGUAGAUUACUUUGGACGUCGUAGAACGUUAAUACUAACUGCAAUACCGUUUGCUAUCGGAUGGAUUCUGAUAGCCUCAGCAAACAUUGUACACUUGGUACUUACGGGACGAGCGAUUUGCGGUUUAUGCGUUGGAAUUGCAUCCUUAGCAUUUCCAGUUUAUCUAGGUGAAACCAUUCACCCAGAAGUAAGAGGUACAUUAGGAAUAUUGCCUACAGCAAUCGGAAAUAUCGGAAUCCUCAUAUGUAACGCAGCGGGUAAAUAUUUAGAUUGGUCAACACUGGCAUAUUUGGGGGCUGCUCUCUCAGUUCCAUUUCUUGUAUUAAUGCUACCUUUACCAGAAACGCCGCGUUGGUAUUUAUCGCAAGGUAAGACAGAAGAAGCGCGGAAAUCACUUCAAUGGCUUCGAGGAAAGAAUGCAAAAAUUGAUAACGAAAUGCAAGACAUAGCUUUAUCCGAUGCCGAGAUCGAAAACCAGUCAUCGUUUAGAGAUAUAUUUGAUAAAAAAUAUCUAAAAUCGAUUUCAAUUUGUCUUGGUUUAAUGACUUUCCAGCAAUUCUCUGGGAUAAAUGCUGUUAUAUUCUAUACGGUAGAAAUAUUUAAAAUGACCGGGAGUUCUGUAGAUGAGAAUUUAUCUGCGAUAAUUGUAGGUGUCGUUAAUUUUGUGUCAACAUUCAUCGCCACAGCUAUAAUUGAUAAAGCAGGUCGAAAAUUAUUACUGUACAUUUCUUCAGUUACAAUGACUAUAACACUAAUGAUAUUAGGUACAUUUUUCUAUGUGGUUAAUUUAAAAACAACAAGUCUCGGUUGGAUCCCACUUACAUGUAUAAUGGUUUAUUUGCUAGGAUUUUCAUUAGCUUUUGGCCCAAUACCAUGGCUUAUGAUGGGUGAAAUUCUACCUGCUAAAAUAAGAGGAGCUGCCGCUUCAAUGUGUACGUCAUUUAAUUAUUUAUGUUCGUUUAUAGUUACUAAAACUUUCUAUAACCUCGUAAAUGCGAUAGAACCGUCAGGUGCAUUUUGGUUAUUUGGUAGCAUUUGUUUUACUGGAUUAUUUUUUGUUAUCAUUUGUGUGCCUGAGACGCGAGGUAAAAGUCUCGAACAAAUAGAAAAUAAACUUACACGUAGGCGUAACAGAUCACGAAGAUUAAGUUCAAUAGUAAAUAUUAAACCUCUGCCAAGUGGUUGUUGAUAGUUUGUUUGCUUAGCUGUACAUAUAAAUUAUAUAAGAAGUUUAUAUGCAAUGGUGUUUUGUAGUUAACAAUAAAAAUAAAUUAAACCAGUUUCUAGUCGCCUGUACUAGAAUGUUGACUUAACUUAAAUCUGUCCUAAAAGCUGUAUUUUUUUUGUAUGAAGUUUAAUAGCUCUUACAGUUGCAUUGUUUAGGUGCAAACUAAAUAAAAAAAUAAUGUAUUUUUAAAAUGUAACAACGUAACGAAAAGGUGUAAAAUAUGAAAUUCUCAUUUCGAGUUUCUAGCUAAACAGUAUAACCCAAAAAUAUAAAAUUGUUCAGUAUUAGCAAAGUAAUCAAACAUGCAUUGUUAUUUAACAGAUGUUAGAGUUUGUGUUUGGUAGGUGAUCUGUGAAACAUGUGCAUAAACUACUGUUGACAAUAUUGUUUAAGACAUAAAGUCUAUGAUAAUGUUUACCUUA